UGAGCGGUUAGAUGUUCUGUUCACAAAAGGUCCCAAAAGCCAAGGAACUUGCAAAAACAAGUUACUUUUCUCAAAGGAAAGGAAAGGAGAAAGAACAGAAAGCUAUCUUUACGUUUUACUGUGGUGUGGUUAACCCUCUCUUAGGAACAACCUUGACUUUAGGAGAAGAGGAGAAAGGCCUGACUGAGACCCACAGCAAGACCUUCCCACCUGUGUGAAGGACAGGAGCCAGAGAAGACGCUUUAGUUUGGGUAACAGCACUCUCUCGUCCACUUUAAACUAGACAAAAACAGACCAUCAUCCUCCGAAAUACAUUAUUUAUGUGCAAGAGCAUUCCAGAGGAUCAUAGAAAAUUGGAGCUUGGCUGCGAAUCAAAGCUCUGGUACGAGGGACUUUGAAGGAGGGAGGGAAUAUCGACAAGAAAAUUGACAAAGACAGGCUGCUGGAAUAUGAAGUCUCUUCCAAAGAACCAGGGACGAACCGACCAGAUUUUGGGCGCUAUGGCAGAUAUGCUGACAUCUCUGGCGAUACCCAGUCAGAAGUGGAACUCAGAGAGUAUUGAGCACCUGGGUGUGACACAGGAACAGAAAACAGGAAAACAACGCCCAUGGGACACACAGGAACUGAACUGGGAUGAUAUGUCCCGGGACAGCCUGGAAAAAGUACGAAGAAGAGACAGAGCAAACUCAUACUCAGCCGCUGGCAGUGAGGGCAGUAUCUCCACCUCGGUGGCCUCUCUGCCGCCCCAGGCUUCAGGCAGUUCAGCCCCAAACUCCCCAGGCUCUCGUCGCUCUGUCAGCACCCUGAAGAAAUGGCUGACCAAUCCAGUGCGUAAGCUGAGCACCGGGGCAACCGGAACAGCUAAGGGGGAGCGGCAGGUUCGCAGACUGGAGGGCAAACCCCCACCUCAACCCACCAAAAGCAGCCAAGACCUGGGCAGCCCACAAACAGAGGAGCAGUUCACCAUCCUGCCAGUCAUAGACAAAGACCUGGAGUGGAGAGAUGGCCUGCCUGCUCUCAACGACUGUGAUCCAGGUGUCCAGCAGUCCUACAACUUCCAGUCGGAUUCUCCACAGGGAUCCACCACACUAGGACAAACACAGAUCACACAGUGCACCAGCUUGCAGGCUGACGACAAUUGCUCUGCAUUGAUGGAUGACAACUCCAGCCAAUCAUCAGCCACCAUAGACAGCGAAGAAGAUCGGAAGACUGCCUUAGAAAAAAGCAUGUAUGUUUUAAAUGAGUUGAUAGAGACAGAAAAGCUGUAUGUAGCUGAUCUAGGACUUAUUGUGGAGGGCUACAUGGCCACUAUGAAUGCAAAAGGAGUUCCAGAAGAUAUGAAGGGAAAAGACAAAAUAGUGUUCGGUAAUAUUCAUCAGAUCUACGACUGGCAUAAAGAUUAUUUCCUGGGUGAGUUGGAGAAAUGUGUGGCUGAGCCUGAACGACUGGCCCAACUUUUUAUCAAACAUGAAAGACGGCUUCACAUGUACGUGGUAUAUUGCCAGAACAAACCUAAGUCUGAGUAUAUCGUGUCAGAAUACAUUGAGACCUACUUUGAGGAACUGAAACAGCAGCUGGGUCACAGGCUGCAGCUGAACGACCUGCUCAUCAAACCUGUGCAGAGGAUCAUGAAGUACCAGCUGCUUCUGAAGGAUUUCUUCAAGUACUACACAAAGGCUGGGAUGGACACUGAAGAGCUAGAGAAAGCAGUGGAGGUGAUGUGUUUUGUUCCGAAGCGCUGCAAUGACAUGAUGAACGUGGGUCGGCUGCAAGGCUUUGAGGGGAAGAUCACGGCACAAGGAAAACUUCUCCAGCAAGACACAUUCACAAUCGCAGAACAGGACAGCAGCAUCCUUUCCCGCUCUAAAGAGAGACGGGUCUUCCUGUUUGAACAGCUUGUCAUCUUCAGUGAGCCAAUAGACAGGAAGAAAGGAUUCUCUCUACCUGGAUAUGUUUUUAAGAACAGUAUUAAGAUAAGUUGUCUGGGUGUAGAGGCCUGUGUAGAUGGUGACCCAAAUCGCUUUGCCCUGACAUCUCGGGGGGCUGAUGGCAGCACGGUGCGAUUUGUCUUGCACUCUUCAUCGCUGAACAUCUGCAAGGCUUGGGUCAGUGACGUGAGCCAAAUACUGGAGACCCAACGUAAUUUCCUAAAUGCCCUGCAGUCGCCCAUAGAGUACCAGAGAAAGGAGAGCAAGAGCAACAGUUUGGGCCGUAGUAUGAAGCCUCCUCUGUCAGCAGUGGUUGGUCUGAGGCCCCACUCCUCAGCUUCUAUCGACCGACACAAACUGCCCUGUCUGCGCUCCUGUAACACAUCUUUGCCCUCUCUCUACCUGCCCAGCCAGGUCCCCACUGAUGACCCGUCCCAGCCAGAGUCAACACAAGUCCAGCGCUGUCUGGUGGACUCCAGACUGAAUUCCCAGACGGUGUCUCCAACUCAUGUGCAGCUGGCCUUCUCUGAAGAUCCUUCAUUCUCCCAGGCACCUCUAAACUGCCAGGCAGUCUCCAAUGGCCUGUGUUCCUCCAGCACAAAGGCCUCGCAGAGCUCAGGAGAUGUUGGCCGCAGAUCUUCACCGAGAGACGGACGCGUGGCUGUUCCAAGUCCCUCCUCCACUCUUCAGCACUCCAGUAACUUGGCCCAGCUUGAUGAGGAUGACCUGUGAAUGGAUUUGACCCUAAUUCUGAUUUUGCACCAGAGCAUGCCACAGUCUGGACUUUAUUCACGUCUGUUACUUUGUGGUAUUCUUCCUAAACCUGUGACGCGAAUUACCUAGUGACUUUUUAAAUUGUUUUGUAUCAUUUCUCUUUUUUUUGUUUUUGUUGUCGUUGUCUUUUAUUAAAGUAGUUUUUUGUUCAAAGGAGAAUCAACCAUUCCUAUAUUGGGAGGCCACUGGAGUAGGAACCAGAGUAAACCUUUAUUUGAGGGUGUGAGGAUGUCUGUGGGCAAGCGUGCAUGUAAUGUAUGAAUGUGUGCUAAAUUCGAAUGGCUUCAUCCUUGCAAACAUGCUGAACAUUUUCCAUCAGAUGUGUUUUGCAGAGAACAUACUGUAUUAUUAUAAACAUAAGAGGGUCCUUAUUGGGCUCACGCUGGAUUUUAAAGGUUUCGCACUAUUGGUGCCUCUUUACAGAAGCUGUCUUUCUAUCUCCCGUCUUUAUUGAAUGCUUUUGUGGGCUGUGUAAACUCUUCUGAAGGAGCUAAGGGGAAACAGACUCUAAAUGCAACUAAUUUGUAUAUACUGUAUGUAAAAGAAUGAUCUGUGCAUGGAGACAUGGACACUUGGCUUUCUCUUCACUAAUUGGAUGUUUGAAUUCUCGAAGACCAAUCAACUCCGUUGUAGUGGACAAUGAGCAACGCCGCUUGCGGAACUUCGUGUUCAGACUUCAUAACUACAGGUGGAAAUAAGAGAUCACACACAAUGAGCAUCUGAGGAACUGCUCAAGGGUUGGACUGAAAGAUGGACAGCGGUUGUUACAGCAGUAGAACAUGCAGUAUAAAAGCAGUUAUCUGUGGUUAAAUGACUCUUUGGUUUCUGCCACCCCUCCUUGUGUAAUGCACACUGCCUGGAUUACUCUGCAGGUUUUGUCAUACAAAUU